GCGCCACACUAGCAUCUACUGCCCAGUCUCCCCUCUGCACUGCGCAAUUUCCUCCCCUUGCCCUUGAGAGGCGCAAACACCAUCCACUAUGACUCCGCCCCUGGGACCCCAGAAACCUUAUAAGCGUGGCGGCCGUGUCACCGCUAUCAUGGUAGACACCAAUCCUUUUUUCUGCUGUGUUUCCCUCUUUUGGACAGAGUUGUUCACAUAAGCUAACUGCACUCUUCCCGUUGGCAGGCUGGGCAAAUUCGCCUCAGGAUAUGCAGUGGUAGCAAGAUGUACAUUGGCUUCUACGUGAAUAUAGUCAACAGUGCAGAUGGUUCCUUCAUUGCACGACGCCUAUUUGCGAGUUGCGUCAAGACGCGUGAUUGUAGCCCGGUUGGCCGGUAUUCCGAUCAAAGGUGGCUUGGGAUGUUCCGCUACAAAGAGGGCGACGAAUGUAACAUGCUUGUGUCGGAUUAUCUCGCCCAGAACUACCCUUGAAGCCGACCGUGAUACGAAGGGCCCAAUAAUUCGGGAGACAGAAGAUGAAUAUUUCCUUGGAGAUGUAGUACCAAAUAGAACAUCAGAAUUCAUUCACCGGAGCGGUCAAGCGUGUAUCCUCAUUGUCAGCCAGUAA